AUGGCAGUCCCACAAGUAAUCAUUCAGCUUAAAGAAAAGCCAGGGAAUGAAAAGACUUAUGAUGGAUAUCCCCCUUCCAGAGGUAGGACUAUCAUUAGAGUCACAAAAUCUAAUUACCCUCCUGGAUCUGACUUCCUCAAGUAUACUCACGUGGACAGUGUUUCCAAUGGAGGAAGAUUUACACUACUGGCCGUACUAGAUGGUAGAAAACCUAUCAGUGUGAUUAGGGAAUACGGUAAAGAGGUGACAUCAGUUUCUGCCUAUUACUGGCAGCGUGAAAAGGGUGGACCUAAGAAGGCUCUCCUAGUUGAAGUAGUAUACAGUGGAUCAGGUGGAACUAAGUAUUAUGUCCGGGGUACUGGUAGAAACCAAUGGACUUUACUUCCUGUAUUCUCAGGUCCUUAUACAUCUAAUAAACUCACCAAUAGUAAUCUUGACCAGUUACUGGACGACCUCACCUGUGAACAUCACAACGCAGUUACUUUGAAUCUAACAUUUCAGAAUUCUAAGACUCAUAAGAAUGGAAGCUACUGCUGUUACAAACAUAAUCAUACUAGAGUUUCCGUUGAGCAAAAGACAGUUUCCUGUUCAAUACAUUCUGGCUCUGCUCCAUUCUUCAAACAUGAGGUUAAUUACGCUGGUAAAUGGAAGGUAGCAGCUAUUAAGUACUAUAAUAGUGGUCCUAAUACUCAUAGGAUAAGAAUAAAUAUUGACGGCCUUGGGUUACCUACCAAACAGUCAGUAAAAGUUACAGUUUAUGUUUUCUACUCUAAUAGUAGUAGGGAUCCGGUUCUAAUCUAUGUAGAUUCAUCUGGAGAUAAAAUUAAAGGAUGGUACCAGAAAGGUACUACAAAUGGGUGGAUAAAAGUCUCUGGUAUAUCUGAGAAUAUAACACCAGAUAAGUUAACUAAACCUAUAGACUGUACUAGUGAAGGCGAUUUUAAAAAACUUGCGGAGGAACUAAAACGACUUGGAUGUGAAGGCUUGCAAGAAUGUACUCAAGAGACUACUGAAAAACAAGAAGCACGACUAGAACAACUACGUGCUGAAAAGGAUAUAGAAUUACGUUCCGAAGGUGUUAGAGAUACUGAAGGACUAAGGUCCGAAGAAGGAAAGGAGGAAGAAAAGGAGAAACCCUCACCUCAAAUACAAGAAGCUGGUCCUUCUGCUAGUAAUAAAGCUCCCGGAGUUGGAGAACCUAAAGCUGCUGCUAUUCGAGGCGAUGCCCCUGUUGAAGCUCUUAAAGAUCUUGCUAAAGAAGGCUUAGGCCUUUCUGGUUGGGAUUCAUAUACAAUUCUUGGGGCCUUUACUGGUGUUUUAAUGGCAUCUGUCAUAACCACUUUUGCAUCAUGGAAACUUUAUAAGGCCUACCAAAAUUACUCUGACCCUUGGGUUCGGCAGAUCUGA